ACGAGCCACAGAAAUUCAUACUGUCAGACAUUUUUCAACGUGAAAAUGGAAGAAAAUGCGAGAUCGGAUUUAGAAGCGGUUGACAGUUCACACCAGAUGAGUGAUGAGUGGCAGCAAUACACACACAGGGAUAUACAUACACGCUUCUAUAUCUAAACAUAUCGUCAAAUCUCUAGGGUUUUCCAUUGAGAGAGAGAGAGAGAGAGAGCUUGAUUUGUUGGUAUGGAGGUGGUGGAAGAGGAAGUGAGCAACAAACAGAUCAUUCUGAAGGAGUACGUGAGUGGUUUCCCCAAAGAGUCGGACAUGGUGGUGAAGACUGGUACCAUUCAUCUCCAGCUUCCAGAGGGUUCGAAGAACGCCAUUCUAGUGAAGAAUCUCUACUCGUCUUGCGAUCCUUACAUGUGUAGACGCAUGAGGAAGUUGGAAGAUAGCUACGUUGAGUCCUUCACUCCUGGUUCGCCUAUAACUGGAUUUGGAGUGGCUAGAGUUUUGGAUUCUGGACAUCCAAACUUUAAGAAAGGUGACUUAAUUUGGGGAAGAACUGGAUGGGAAGAGUAUAGCAUCAUUACAGAGCCAGCAAACGUAUUUAAAAUUCAAAAUACAGAUGUGCCUCUUUCUUAUUAUACAGGAAUCCUUGGUAUGCAUGGUAUGACGGCCUAUGUUGGUUUUUAUGAGAUAUGCUCUCCUAAACAAGGAGACUAUGUUUUCAUUUCUGCUGCAUCUGGAGCUGUUGGUCAGCUUGUUGGCCAGUUUGCAAAGUUAUUAGGAUGUUAUGUUGUUGGAAGUGCUGGAACCAAAGAAAAGGUUGAUCUGUUGAAGAACAAAUUUGGGUUUGAUGAAGCUUUUAACUAUAAAGAGGAGAAGGACUUGGAAGCAGCUCUGAAAAGGUACUUUCCCAAUGGCAUCGAUAUUUACUUUGAGAAUGUUGGAGGAAAGAUGCUCGAUGCAGUACUUGUCAACAUGAGACUCCAUAGCCGCAUUGCUGUGUGUGGUAUGAUCUCACAAUACAACCUUGAACGACCCGAAGGUGUACACAACUUGUUCUGCCUUAUCACAAAACGUGUCCGUAUGGAAGGAUUUAUAGUUUUUGAUUACUAUCACUUGUAUCCGAAGUUUCUUGAAAUGAUCCUCCCCUGCAUAAAAGGAGGAAAAAUCACAUAUGUGGAAGACGUAGCUGAAGGCCUAGAAAGUGCACCAGCAGCUCUUAUUGGGCUUUUCUCUGGUCGCAAUGUUGGCAAACAGGUGGUGGUGGUUGCUCGUGAGUGAUGAUGUUAUUGAUAUCCUGGUAAUCUUUAAUGUAAAUUGUUAGUAUGCUUUGACUAAAGUUAAUAGGGAAAUGGUUUCUCACUGGGAUGAUGUUGCUAGAAGCAGUGUUUUUGAAGUUUUAAUCAAUGGGUUCUGAACUGAAAAGUAAUUUUAUUUCUUCUUUUUGUUUGGGUAUAUUUAUAUUUCUUACAAAUUUCAACU